GUCAUGUAAAGCUAUGUUUUCUGUUUGAAAACUGAAUGCAAUAAAUUCUGUUAUUCUGUUCUUUGCGAUAUUCAUGUAAAAUUUGCUUGUGGAACAUUUAAAACUUUCAACAUGGCGAAACACGCAGUGUUAUUUCUGGUUUUGUUUCAAUUCCAAUCUACUGUUUGCCAUCCGGUCGGCGUUUCUAACGAAAACUUCAACUGUAGAAAGUACACGGACUAUGCAAUACAUGAAAUGACUUGUAGAACUGAUGGCAUGUUUCACAUGCGGGGCGAAUUACUAAGCGACGCACGAGCAACUUGCAGUAAUGUGACGCGUAAAGAAUCCUACCUGAACUGCAUAGAAUCAUUGUCUGACCGAUGUCCAGAGCAAUAUGACCAGGUGGCCGAUUCUAUAAGAAAAAAGCUGGACACUUUUUGUGAUGGCAAUGACGUGUCGGAGUGGCUUAAAUCAGUGGAACUCGCCCGGACUCCGCCCACUGUUAACUGUCCAGAAUUACCAAUUAGCGAAGUGUAUGGCGACUGUAUUAAAAAGUUUUAUGCUCAAAACAAACUUGGCGAUCGCAUCACUUCUUUUGAAACAGCAACGGAAUAUUUGCCAAGGUUGAUGAGCGAUGUUUUUCAUUGCCUGAAGACGAAUUUUUCACAAACACCAGUUCUGGCAGACGAAUGCAGCAACUCUUGGCAACACAAACUGAUAGACUUUUGGUUAAUACAGACGUAUUACGGAUUUCUUUUUAGUGACCUCUCCUAUGAAGUCCAACAAGAGAUAUUGACUAUGGCGAGAAGCUCUACAGUAGGGAACCUUCUAUAGAGGGUUGAGACUAACAUACCCCGAUGGAAAGCUAACUAUUACAGCAAAUUCACUGCAAUAUUAUUUGCCUUAAGCUGAAAACACUAUCCUGAAACUUGUACACCAUCAAAAGUUGACACCACUACUACAUACAUCAAUUUGACAUAUUGAGCAAUGGAUAAUGACGGUGACUUUGUCUUGUUACAUGUGUUAGCUCUGACAAACAAAUAUAUACUCUGAAUUAAAUGGUAAUC